AUGCGAAGCCACCAUGCGAAUGACAAGGCAGCCAUCUUGCCCGAGGAGAUUCUCCCAGAAGGAGUGGAUCCGCCCUUACCGGAUGUCCAAGAACGGACCAAGCCCACAACGAGACUCAUCACAGUCGAGCCCGUCCUGCUCCUUUACUGUGUCGCCUAUCUCGGAGGCUUGGCUGCAUUGGAAGAAUAUAUCUACAGCCGGUACCAGAAGAACUAUCCCAUUCUUAACAACACAGACCCAAACGUUCGGUCUAACGAUUCCCAGUGCCAAACGAAUCGUUCAGAUCCCGUUUUUAUAGCAACCCAAAUGGCGCAAUCAGAUACGUCGCAACUCGUGCUGGAAACAACGGCCAUCUUUUCUGUACUUUCCAUCUUCAGCACUAUGUUUCUUGGGGCGUAUUCAGACGCAUAUGGAAGAAAACGUUGCUUGGUUCUUCCACUGGCGGCAGAGAUCGUGGUCUUUAUACUGAAGCUAGCCAUCAUUUAUUUUGAUUUGCCUGUUGAACUUCUUUGUAUCGGGGCAGCCAUUGAAGGAUUGAGCGGAGGUUGGAUCAUCAUGCUGAUGGCCACCUUCGCCUACAUUGCCGACGUCACAGACCAGUCCUCCCGCGCAAUGAGGAUCACAGUAGCAGAGUCCUGUCUCACGCUAUCCAUUGCUCUCUCACAGUUUGUACUUGGAUACUACGUGACAGCAACGGGAUUCUUCUGGCCCUACCUCACUCUAUUCGGUCUUCUAGUCAUAGACCUUCUCUACCUGAUUCUCUUCGUCCCGGAGUCUUUCGUCAAAAGCAAAGAAACAACGUUUUCUCUGAAGAAAUCUGUGAAGGCGACAUACCAAGUGUACAAUGUCAGGGAUGAUAACCGCCACAUCAAACUUGUCCUGCUGACUUUGACCAUGUUCUUCAAUGUGAUACCUCUUACCAGCACGACGGCCUUGAAUAUUCUCUUCACCAUGAACGCCCCUCUCUGCUGGGGCCCUGUCCUGAUUGGGAUAUUCAGUGCCGUGUACGCCCUCGCGAAGCAGAUAGGCGGCAUCGCGGGGGUGGCAACGUUUGGCCGCCUGUGCCACCUCUCGGACAUAAGCAUGGCCACUAUUGGGACCGUAGCAGGGAUAGCAGGGGCCAUCCUGAAUGCGUUUGCAAAAACGAAUGUUCUCAUGUUCAUAGUGUGUCCGGUGUCUUGCCUUUCAAUGAUGACGUCACCCAUGAUAAGAACGGCAAUUUCGAGACUUGUCAAGCCAGACGAACUAGGUUCCGUCUAUGCUGGAAUUGCUGCAGUAGAAGCCGUGUGCAACCUGGUUGGUGGAACUGUCAUGAACCUCAUCUACCAACAGACCCUUUACUUCUUCAGCGGGUUCGUCUUCAUCGUCUGUGCUAUUUUCUUUUUGGUGGAGUUAUUUUUAUUUUGUCUCUACAUGUUUGUCAGCAAAUCAACAAAGAGGACUUUGAUCAAUGCCGAGUCGUGUCUGAAAAGUGGCAGCACUGUUGUCAACGGAUAGGAAUGGCACCAAAAUGAUGGCGAAUUCCGCCAAACAUAGUGGUUCACUAUUAUUGAUGAAUGGCAAUUCUGUCUAACUCACUUAAGUUUUUCACCGA